AUGGUUUGGUUAACUAUCAAUGCUUUUGUACUCUACGCUGGGGUUAAAAGGCCCUCGGUUAUCGAUGUCAAGUUUGUCCAUUGCAUUAAGGAGGUGUUUUUAUCACCUCCUCACGAGUUCGUGUCAAUGCAUUGCCCGUGGGCUCUUAGGACAUCAGUUUUUUAUAUACGUUACGGUAGCGGGGAAACUUAG